CAAAAAUGCACCAAAUACCCUCGCGUGUUUUUAAUCAUAUAAUAUACCCCUAAUUUUUCGUAAUGUUCAUGAGAUGCACUUAGAGUUAACGGACGUUUGUCCACCGUUAGCUGCAGUUUACCAUUUUGCCCUUAAUGAUGUUCUUCGACAUAAAUUUAAAAAAAAAAAAUCAAACUUCUUCUCUUUCUCUCUCUUCUCCCAUGUUCUUCGUCCUGCGCUCUGGUCUGCGGCGGUCAAUCUCCUUCGGUGUUCGAGAAUUUGUGAUUUUGUUUUUUGGGGAAUUGUAAAAAGGCUGCAUACUAUUUUGUGAAUCGAAACGUUUCGCGUUUUGGAGAUGAUUUCUUUAGGAAGAAAGGGGUUUGAGCACAGAUUUAGCAGUAAUAAUAAUAAUAAGACAGAGAUGGAAGAAGAGACUGAGCUUGAAGAAGGAGAAGCUUGUUCUUACCAGUUACCACGAAGAUGAUGAUGAUACAACCAUUGACUCUGAUGUUUCCCUUUCUUAUAUAUAGAAAGGCUCUCAGUUUUGAUUUUAAUUGGGUUUUGGUUUAAUUUGAUUUUAUGGAUUAAUUUUGUAAUUCAAUUAUUUGGUGUUCUUCUCUUUCAAGUUGUUUUUAGAUCAGGAGUGUUUAGUAAGCAUUGAAAAUUUUCUUAAUUGGUUCAAUUUUGUUUGUAUGACUGUAGCUUGGUUUGUUAGGAAUUGUUUUUGUAGUGGCUAGCUAGUAAUGAUACUUACGUUUUCGAGUUCGAGGUGGGUGCAUUUCGAAUUGUGUUUUGUAAGUGGGUGAAUGAUGUUAUAUUUAGUGUCAUGGGUAAUGAAGUCAAAAUUGUAGGUUUGAGAUGCUAGUUUGAAUAUGGGUGAUUGAGAAACUUUUUUUUGGAUGUGAAAUUCGGAACUAGCUUGUGUUAUGGGGGGAGAGGUUGUGAAGUUUUGGUUUGAGAUGGAAUUUAAUGUGAAGUUUGGGUUUUUCUAUUGUUACUCGACUGUUGUUGAUGUUCGUUGUGAGAGCUGAAAUACUUUCCUGAGUUUCUAAAUCACUUAGAGUUGGAACUUCUCGAAGACUUACUGGAAAAUAGUUGGUCUGGUGUUCUAAUGCUAGCUAUCCUCGUUGGUGUCCAUAUCUUCUUCUAGCACUCUAGGCAGACGAUCCAAUGUUGUUAUGCUGGAGAUGGGACAACUACUUCUGUUGUUCUUGCACAAGGUCUAAUCGCAUGAGUUAAGGUGGUUGCAGCGGGUGCGAACCCCGUUCUGAUCACCAUGGGUAUUGAGAAGACUACUAAAGCAUUAGUAGCUGAGCUCAAGUUGAUGUCAAAAGAGGUAAUAUCACAGGUAGAAGACAGUGAACUAGCUAAUGUAGCAGCUGUCAGCGCUGGCAACAACCGUGAAGUGGGGAGUAUGAUUGCUGAAGCAAUGAGCAAAGUUGGAAGAAAAGGUGUUGCGACUCUUGAAGAAGGAAAAAGUGAUGAGAACGGUCUCUAUGUUGUUGAAAGGAUGCAGUUUGACCGUGGUUAUAAUUUCACCUUAUUUUGUUACUGAUGCUAAGAAAAUGAUUGUGGAGUACGAGAACUUCAAGGUUUUCAAGUUUUUGUAAAGCUACUAUGCAAAUUAAUCAGCUUUUUAUGGAAUAUAAUCCCGGUUUAUUGCUGGAAAUUUGUUACAAACUGCUCUACUUCAUUGCUAGGAAAAUUAGAAAUGCAAACUAGUCGUUAGAAUUAAAUUCUGCAAUUUAAAAGCAAUUUGGGUAGUUGGUGCAAAUAAGUUUAAUAAUAGGUGUAUAUUGUGCAAUAGGUUUAUAAUUAGGUGUAUUUGGUGAAUUAUAAACAUGAUUUAACGGAGGACUAACGGAAGAUCGG